UUCACCUUUUUGCUGGCAUCAUGCUCAGUCUGCAAAAAAUCCUGCUCCUCCAUGUUCUGGCAUGUCUCGGACGACUCGCACAUGGAAGUCACAUCAUAGAUGGUAAAAAAGCCCCAGAGAACUCCAUGCAGUACAUGGCCUCUGUGCAGGACUACAACGGUCACCAUGUUUGUGGAGGAUUUCUCAUCACUGAGGAAUUUGUAGUCUCGGCUGCACACUGUGAUGACUCGAGCCUCACACACGUUGUUCUCGGGAACCACAAUCUCAAGAACGGCAAUCAUCAAAAAAUAAAGAUUGAAAACAAAAUCAUCCAUGAAAAUUAUCAACACGUUGGACUGGGUAAUGACAUCAUGCUGAUUAAACUGUCUGAGAAAGUUCAACUGGGCCACGGAGUACGAAUAAUUCCGCUUCCACCUGCUGAAAUAAACCUAAAAGAAAACCAAGUGUGUCAGGUGGCUGGAUGGGGAAAAACUAAAACUGAUGGUAAACUUGUUGAUGAGCUGAUGGUGGUGAACGUGUCUGUCAUUACAUCAAAGAACUGUGAGGAACAAUGGCCUGGUCUUCCUGCCAAUGUAAUCUGUGCAGGUGGAUAUGAAACAACCAAAGGAUUCUGUCAGGGAGAUUCUGGUGGUCCUCUGGUGUGUCAUGGGUUUGCUGUUGGCGUUGUUUCUUUCAACUACUAUAACAACUGCAAUUACCCCAGUAAACCCAACGUCUAUACCGACAUCUCAAAAUACCGUAAAUGGAUCAACGAGGUUCUGAAAACAUUUUUUUGA